GACACAGCCGUGGGUUCCCCGGCGCGGGCUUGACAGUUUCAUCCCCGCCCACUCGCAGGAGAGCGCCCGGCAGGGCUGCACGCGCGCGCAGGGGGCCAUAAAAGCCGCGGCGGCGCGGAGACGCGGAGCUCGCCCACCGCCCCGGAGCCCCGGCCGCACCAUGCACGUGAACGGCAAAGUGGCGCUGGUGACCGGCGCGGCGCAGGGCAUCGGCAGAGCCUUUGCGGAGGCGCUCCUGCACAAGGGCGCUAAGGUAGCGCUGGUCGAUUGGAAUCUUGAAGCAGGUGUAAAAUGUAAAGCUGCCUUGGAUGAGCAGUUUGAACCUCAGAAGACUCUCUUCAUUCAGUGCGAUGUGGCUGACCAGGAACAACUGAGAGAUACCUUUAGAAAAGUUGUAGACCACUUUGGAAGAUUGGAUAUUUUGGUCAAUAAUGCUGGUGUGAAUAAUGAGAAAAACUGGGAAAAAACUGUGCAGAUUAAUUUGGUUUCUGUUAUCAGCGGAACCUACCUUGGCUUGGAUUACAUGAGUAAGCAAAACGGAGGUGAAGGCGGCAUCAUUAUCAAUAUGUCCUCUUUAGCAGGGCUCAUGCCUGUGGCACAACAGCCUGUUUAUUGUGCUUCAAAGCACGGCAUAAUUGGAUUCACACGCUCAGCAGCGAUGGCAGCUAAUCUCAUGAACAGUGGUGUUAGACUGAAUGCCAUUUGCCCAGGCUUUGUUAAUACACCCAUUCUCGAAUCCAUUGAGAAAGAAGAAAACAUGGGACAAUAUAUAGAAUAUAAGGAUCAUAUUAAGGAUAUGAUGAAGUUCUAUGGAAUUUUGGACCCAUCAAUGAUUGCAAGUGGAUUAAUAACACUCAUUGAAGAUGAUGGUUUGAAUGGCGCUAUUAUGAAGAUCACAACUUCUAAGGGAAUUCAUUUUCAAGACUAUGAAACGACUCCAUUUCAUGCAAAAACUCAGUGAACAUCUUAUAUAUCUGCCAUAACUGAAAAUAAGAACAAAAUGACUUCUAUUAGACUAUAUCUUCAUUAGAAUAUAGCUUUUAAAAUGAAAUGUAAUUGUGUUAUUGUCUGAAGCUUUCUUCCAUGCAUUUGAUAUUAACUUUAUUUCUAGAUGAUCAGUUAGGUAUUUGGAUAAAAAUCAGGAACUAUCAAAAAUAAGGAUGUGAACCAAAGCUAACUUGAUCUUUAUAGUCCAUGUAAUGAUUAAAACAAAGAAUAUCCAAGGAAUAUUCUGCAUUUCAGAAAAUGUAUUUAAAUUUGUGGUACAUAAACAUUAAUGUUUUUCAGAAUAUCAUUUUAAAGGAGAUACUUGAAUUGUUAUUUAAUCAAUCCAGAUGUAAAAAUCUCACUUGUUUUUACGUUUUCACUUGAAAAAAGAGAAGCUACCUACAAUGGCAAAUUUUUAGUAACAAUAACUUUUACUUAUAUUCCAUCUUUUGGCUGAACAUUUCAGCUCUUUACAGAUGUGGCAUAUUUUGGGACCAGUAGUUAAAGAGUAAACUACAGUGUGAAUAUAUCCCAAAUGAGGAAUCUGAUGUAUGCGAAAAUGACAAAGUAAUUGGCUGAGAUAUUGAUCCACAGUUCAGCCUCCCAGCUAGGAAAACAAUUUCUUUCCUGUUUGCUUACUUUAAGAAAUUUAAUUUCCUCCAGAAAUCUCAGGAAUGAAAUAUUUAACAGUUAUAGCAAAAAUGAUAGUGCUCCUAA